GCUAAUUUUGCGUGAAAAUCAACUGCUUAUAUGUGGUCCUUCCGCGUUUUAUUUCUUGCUGCUGCGCAAUCAAACAAUUUGUCUCCGAAUGAGGUCCUGCACUGUGACACCGAAUGCAAAAAUUCUGCCGACAUUGCGAAUGCUGCAUGCGAACAAAUGCCUGGCACACUUGUUUGCGCUGAUUUGUUAGACAGCUAUUAUGAUUGUUUACACGGAUGUAUAGCUAAGGCGUCGAAAUUGAGAAACAUUGCCAAGUAUGAAUAAAAUCAGAGGAAUGUGACUGAAUUCGUAUAGAAGCAAUUUUACUUCACGAUGUUUUAUGGAUGUUGUAGCAAACUCUUAUUUUAAAAGUGAAUGUAAUUGUGCACCCACG